UAAAUACCAGGGAUUGAUUGAAUGGAUGAUGACGUGCCAAAUAUAAUACCAUGGGCUUAUAAAACCAAACAAAUUUGAGUGAUGGCAUGCUGCUGUGGAUCUCAAGAUAAUCAACCUUGCUAAGUCGCCCCUUGUGGUUCGUGAAUCGUGAUGCAGGGGGCGCCGACUGGCUGAUGAUGAGUCAGAAAGCUGAUAAGCACAUGCUGCGUCCUUGCAAAUUACAUGGCCUCGGGCUGGGACCUAUGCUGCACUUGACUCGCAAAAAAAAAAAGUAACCAGAGCACAAAAAGGGUUCCUAGCAAGUACCCCCACAUGAUGCGUAUCUCGAUAUAAAAGGGCCCUUGUUCAAUCAACGAGCAGGAACCGGCACUCAUUGAGGAACCACACGCGGAGAAAGGGGGGAGACCAAGAAGAAGCAAGCCAUGGAGCUCAAUCAAGCAGACGAGGUUCUAUCUUCUCCGCUUGCUCCAAAUGCAAAGGACAAUCUCAGCAUGAUGCACUCAAAGUUUAUCGGCUGCAAGCUCUACAUUUCUGAAAGCCGCAAUCCCACGGCUAUUGCCGCAAUUGAUCUUGCAGCGAAGACUGAUCCUCAGGUUGCGGUGCUAAGCAAGUUCGAAGAUAGUCUCUACAACCGCGUACGCUACACACUUGUCUCCUAUAUCAUUGAUGGCAGCUCAACUGGUGAAGUGAUAUAUAGUCCAAUCAGGAAGGUAUUGUUGGCGAUGAUGGAGGCUGCAUUUUCAGCCAUAAACCUCGAAUCGCACUCCGGUGCUCAUCCUAGAAUGGGUGUCAAUGAUGACCUGUCCUUCCACCCCUUGGGUCAAGCCACAAUGGAGGAUGCAGCUUACUUGGCUAAGCAGGUGGCUUCAGACAUUGGCAAUGAUUUUCAAGUGCCGGUGUUCCUCUAUGCAGCAGCCCAUCCCACAGGCAAGCCUGUAGGUGCAAUAAGGCGUGAGCUCGGCUACUACCGGCCCAAUCACAUGGGCAACCAGUGGUCAGGUACCAUGCUCCCUGAUGUUCUGCCAAUUAAGCCUGAUGAGGGUCCAACCAAUGUUUCUUCUGAAAGAGGGGCCACAACAGUUGGCGCGACACCUUUUGUUGAGGCAUACAAUGUGCCAGUGCUCUCAAAGGAUGUUGCAACUGUGAGGCGGAUUACUCGAAGACUAAGCGGACGCGGUGGAGGGCUUCCGACUGUGCAAGCUCUUGCGCUUCCCCAUGGUGAUGAUUGCACAGAGAUCGCAUGCUUGUUGGAUCCAGAUCAUGUCAGUGCCUAUCAAGUUCAGACCGUGGUUGAGCAGAUUGCAGCAGAAGAAGGGCUCGAAGUUGAGAAGGGGUACUUCACUGACUUAACUAAGGACAGGAUGCUUGACAAGUACUUGAAGAUAACUGCUGAUUGAUAUGAAUGUAAUAGAACUUUGUGCGACUGACUAACCCAGAUGAAUCAUGCAUGUUUAUAAUUGCAACUUGCAAGCAUGCUGCUCUUUAGUGGUGGCUCCAGACUGCAUCAGGAACCAGUUCUGCCUGAUUUUUUUUGCAUAUGUAAAUCCUGGAAUUUUAGCAAUAUAGCACAUCAGAAAUGGAGAGCUCUGGUGUGAAGCAA